UCCCCCAGGUUUGCACGGAGGCACACGGGUUCUGCCGAUCCCAGUUCUACAUCACCUGGGACCAGGCUGCGGUCCUGGCGUCCCCAGCACGCAGGAACAGCCUUCCAGCCGCCCCCCCCCAGGCCCAUCUCCCGGCUCCUAGGGACCAAUCCCGGGGAAGGCCUUCCUCCGCUUUCCACCACCCCCAUUAUCGCCCCCGGGACUUGUCGGCGCGCCGCGCGGAGCUGCGAGCAAAGUUCCCGAGCCCCGUCUCAGUAGCGGCGCCUGAGGCCAGACUUUGCGGGGCCACCCUCCCGCCGAGGUCCGCUACGUCCGAGCACCUGGCAGCGCGCGCCCCGCCUCCCUCCCCCUCCGGCGCCGCCUCCCUCCUUCCCCCCCCGAGCCGCUCUCCCGGAGCUCCGCCCGGCUCCUGGGGCCUCGCCAGUCUCCCGCCGCCUCCCCGCCCGCGAGCUGCCCGGGACGCCGGGCUCCCAGGCCCUCCUGCUCCUCCCUGCCCCUGGGCAGUGAGCUCCGGCCUCGGGGGCUUCUGCUUCCCGGCAUCGCCGCCCCCCAUGGCAGUGGCUGAAUUGUACACGCAGUACAAUAGAGUUUGGAUACCUGACGCUGAUGAAGUUUGGAAAUCUGCUGAAAUAGCAAAGGACUACAAAGUUGGAGAUAAAGUUCUUCAUCUCCUUCUAGAAGAUGGAUCUGAACAGGAUUAUUCUGUUGAUCCAGAAACACUUCCACCAUUACGAAAUCCUGAUAUACUUGUAGGAGAGAAUGACCUCACAGCACUUAGUUAUCUUCAUGAACCUGCUGUCCUCCACAAUCUCAAAAUACGUUUUGCUGAAUCCAAACUUAUUUAUACCUACAGUGGAAUUAUUUUAGUUGCUAUGAACCCUUACAAAGAGUUGCCAAUCUAUGGAAAUGCUAUCAUCCAUGCUUAUAGUGGGCAGAACAUGGGAGAUAUGGAUCCACACAUAUUUGCUGUAGCAGAAGAAGCAUAUAAACAAAUGGCCAGAAACAACAAGAAUCAGUCGAUAAUUGUGAGUGGGGAGUCAGGGGCUGGAAAGACAGUGUCAGCCCGAUAUGCUAUGAGAUACUUUGCCACAGUCAGCAAAUCAAGCAGUAAUGCUCAUGUGGAAGAUAAAGUGCUGGCCUCCAAUCCCAUAACUGAGGCUGUUGGAAAUGCCAAGACUACCCGAAAUGAUAACAGCAGUCGCUUUGGAAAGUAUACAGAAAUCAGCUUUGAUAAAAGGAAUCAAAUUAUAGGAGCCAACAUGAGAACUUAUCUUUUGGAAAAAUCCAGAGUUGUCUUUCAAUCAGAAAAUGAACGCAAUUACCACAUUUUUUAUCAGCUUUGUGCCUCAGCGCUGCAGCCUGAAUUUAAACACCUUAAAUUAGUGAGUGCAGAAGAAUUUAAUUAUACAAAAAUGGGAGGAAAUACUAUCAUUGAAGGAGUGAAUGACAGAGCAGACAUGAUAGAAACUCAGAAGACUUUCACAUUGCUAGGUCUGAAGGAGGAUUUUCAAAUGGAUGUGUUUAGGAUCCUGGCUGCCAUACUUCAUCUUGGCAAUGUGCAGAUCACAGCCAUGAGCAACGAGAGAUCCUCAGUCAGCGAAGAUGACAGACAUCUGAACAUAUUUUGUGAACUCUUAAAUGUGGACAGUAGCAGAGUUGCUCAGUGGCUAUGUAACCGUAAAAUCAUCACUACCUCAGAGACUGUAAUAAAACCCAUGACUAGACUUCAAUCUCUAAAUGCCAGGGACGCCCUCGCCAAAAAGAUCUAUUCUCAUCUGUUUGACUUCAUUGUGGAAAGGAUUAACAGAGCAUUGCAGUUUUCGGGCAAGAAACAUACUUUCAUUGGGGUUUUGGAUAUUUAUGGUUUUGAAACCUUUGAAGUAAACAGCUUUGAACAGUUUUGUAUUAAUUAUGCUAAUGAAAAAUUACAGCAGCAGUUUAAUCUGCAUGUGUUCAAACUUGAGCAAGAAGAAUAUAUGAAGGAAGGUAUUCCUUGGACUUUGAUUGACUUUUAUGAUAAUCAACCAGUUAUUGAUUUGAUUGAAGCCAAAAUGGGAAUACUGGAGCUACUAGAUGAAGAAUGCUUGUUACCACAUGGUACUGAUGAAAAUUUGCUCCAAAAACUCUACAAUAAUUUUGUCAACAAGAACGUUUUAUUUGAAAAGCCUAGAAUGUCAAAUACAUCCUUUAUCAUCCAGCACUUUGCUGAUAAGGUAGAGUAUAAAUGUGAAGGAUUCCUGGAGAAGAACAGAGAUACAGUAUAUGAAGUGUUGGUUGAAAUCCUAAGAACAAGCAAGUUUCCUCUCUGUGCUAGUUUUUUCCAAGAAAACCCAGGUCCUCCUCCUCCCUUCAAUUCAUCUAUCACGGUCAAAUCAGCCAAGCAAGUAGUCAAGCCAAAUAACAAGAAUUUCCGGACAACAGUUGGCAACAAGUUCCGAAGCUCUUUGUAUUUGCUGAUGGAGACGCUCAAUGCAACCACACCUCACUAUGUGAGAUGCAUAAAGCCAAACGAUGAGAAGCUCCCAUUUGAGUUUGACUCCAAAAGAAUUGUUCAGCAGCUUCGAGCCUGUGGAGUUUUAGAAACAAUCCGCAUCAGUGCUCAGAGCUACCCUUCCAGGUGGACGUAUAUUGAGUUUUAUAGCCGCUAUGGCGUUCUCAUGACUCAGCAGGAACUUGCCUUCAGUGAUAAGAAGGAGGUUUGCAAGGUGGUUUUACACAGAUUAAUCCAGGACUCUAACCAAUAUCAGUUUGGUAAAACAAAAAUUUUCUUCAGAGCAGGACAGGUGGCCUAUUUAGAAAAGCUCCGGUUGGAUAAACUGAGGCAAGGAUGUAUUAUAAUACAAAAGCAUAUCCGAGGCUGGCUCCAGAGAAAGAAAUUUCUCCGGCAGAGAAAAGCUGCUGUGACAAUACAGCAAUACUUUCGUGGACAGCAAACUGUAAGGAAAGCUAUCUCUGCCACAGCCUUGAAAGAAGCAUGGGCAGCCAUAAUCCUUCAGAAGCAUUGUCGAGGUUAUCUGGUCCGAAACCUUUACCAGCUCAUUCGCGUGGCCACUAUAACAAUACAGGCGUAUACCCGGGGAUUCCUAGCAAGGAAGAAAUAUCAAAAGAUGUUGAAAGAGCACAAGGCUAUAAUCCUUCAGAAGUAUGCCCGAGCCUGGCUGGCCAGACGCAGAUUCCAGAACAUCCGACGAUUUGUCCUGAAUAUCCAGCUUUCUUACAGGGUACAACGUUUGCAAAAAAAGCUAGAAGAUCAGAACAAAGAAAACCAUGGAUUAGUGGAAAAAUUAACCAGCUUGGCCACCACUCAUGCCAGUGAUAUGGAGAAGAUUCAGAAACUUGAAUCAGAGCUUGAAAAAUUGGCCUUUCAAAAGCGAACAUGUGAAGAGAAAGGAAAGAAGCAUAAGGAAGUUAUGGAAGAGAAAUUGGCAAAUCUUCAGACAUACAACAAAGAAUUGGAAAUGCAAAAAGAGAAGAUAGAAAAGAAGCUUCAAGAAAAGACUGAGGAGAUGAAAGAUAAAAUGGAAGACCUCACAAAGCAGCUUUUUGAUGAUGUGCAAAAAGAAGAAAGACAAAGAAUACUGCUUGAGAAAAGUUUUGAGCUGAAAGAACAAGACUAUGACAAACAGAUUCACUCUUUGAAGGGAGAAAUUAAGACUCUAAAAGAAGAAAAAUUGCAACUCCAGCAUCAAAUGGAGGAAGAACAAAUAAUUUCCAAUGGCUUGAAAGGAGAGGUGGCCCAACUGACCAAGCAAACAAAGAUGAUCUCUGAGUUCCAGAAGGAGAUAGAGCUACUUCAGACACAGAAGAUAGAUGCAGAGAAACAUGUACAGUCACAAAAACGAGAAAUGAGAGAAAAAAUGUCUGAAAUUACUAAACAACUUCUUGAAAGUUAUGAUAUUGAAGAUGUGAGAAGCAGACUUUCUGUGGAAGAUUUGGAACAUUUAAAUGAAGAUGGAGAACUUUGGUUUGCAUAUGAAGGCCUAAAGAAAGCAACAAGAGUGUUGGAGAGCCACUUCCAGUCUCAGAAGGAGAACUAUGAAAAAGAGAUUGAAGCACUGAACUUUAAAGUAGAACACCUCAGUCAAGAAAUCAACCAUUUACAAAAAUUAUUUAGGGAAGAAAAUGACAUCAAUGACAGUAUCCGUCAUGAAGUCACCAGACUGACAUCUGAAAACAUGAUGAUUCCAGACUUUAAACAGCAGAUUUCAGAACUUGAGAAGCAGAAACAGGAUCUUGAAAUCCGUCUAACUGAACAGACUGAAAAAAUGAAAGGAAAAAUAGAAGAACUGUCUAGUCAGUUACAUCGUAAUAUGGAAGAGGAAGGAAUACAAAGGAGAACCAUGGAAGUUCAAAAUGAAAUACACAUCAAAGAAAAAGAAAAGUUGAUUGGUACCAUUAGGGAAGUGCAAGAUGCCAAUGAUCACUUGAAGAAAAAAUUUGAAACAGAAAGUGAAGUCAAGAGCAGUUUCAAGCAGGAAGCAUCUCGUCUCAAUAUGGAAAACAGGGAUCUUGAGGAAGAGUUAGACAUGAAGGAUAGAAUGAUUAAAAAGCUGCAAGAUCAAAUCAAGACACUAACUAAGACAAUUGAGAAAGCCAAUGAGGUGCAUUCGUCUUUGGAAACCAAAGAGUAUGUUGGAAUGGUGGAAUAUAAAAAGGAAGAUGAAGCUAAGCUGGUGCAAAACCUCAUUCUUGAUCUGAAGCCUCGGGGUGUGGUAGUGAACAUGAUUCCGGGUCUGCCAGCUCAUAUCCUAUUCAUGUGCGUACGUUACGCAGACUCGCUAAAUGACGCCAGUAUGCUCAAGUCCUUCAUGAACAUCACCAUUAACGGCAUCAAGCAGGUCAUCAAGGAACAUUAUGAAGAUUUUGAGAUGCUGUCCUUUUGGCUUUCUAAUACAUGCCAUUUCCUUAACUGCUUGAAACAGUACAGUGGAGAAGAGGAAUUUAUGAAGUAUAACACUCCACAACAAAAUAAGAAUUGUUUGAUGAAUUUUGACCUUUCAGAGUAUAGACAGAUUCUUAGUGAUGUGGCCAUACGGAUAUAUCAUCAAUUUAUUUUUGUAAUGGAGAAUAAUCUUCAACCAAUGAUAGUACCAGGAAUGUUGGAAUAUGAAAGCCUUCAGGGAAUUUCUGGCUUGAAACCAACAGGAUUCCGAAAGCGGUCCUCCAGCAUUGAUGACACAGAUGCUUACACCAUGACCUCUAUCCUGCAGCAGCUCAGCUAUUUUUAUACUACCAUGUGUCAGAAUGGGCUGGACCACGAGCUUCUAAAGCAGACUGUAAAGCAGCUUUUCUUUCUGAUAGGAGCUGUCACCUUGAAUAGUCUCUUUCUUCGCAAGGACAUGUGCUCUUGUAGGAAAGGAAUGCAGAUAAGGUGCAACAUCAGCUACUUAGAAGAAUGGCUUAAAGAUAAGAAUUUGCAGAACAGCACAGCCAAAGAAACUCUGGAGCCCCUUUCUCAGGCUGCCUGGUUGCUCCAGGUCAAAAAGAUCACAGAUACCGAUGCUAAAGAAAUAUAUGAUCGCUGCACUUCUCUCUCUGCUGUGCAGAUCAUAAAGAUCCUUAAUUCAUACACACCUAUAGAUGACUUCGAGAAAAGAGUGACUCCAUCCUUUGUCCGCAAAGUACAGGCUCUACUAAAUAGCAGAGAGGAUACAGGUCAGCUGAUGCUGGACACCAAAUAUCUCUUUCAAGUCACAUUUCCCUUUAUCCCUUCUCCACAUGCUCUGGAAAUGAUAGAGAUCCCCAGCAGUUUAAAACUGGGCUUUCUUACCAGGUUAUGAAAGGAGAAAGAAAUAGAAUCAAUUUUUCCUCAAAAGUUAAAUGAGAUUUAAAUAUUUGGGGAUCACUUUAUCAAUUGAUAUAUGGUAUAUAAUUGAAAAAUAAAUAGGGUCUUUUCCCCAAAUUGGUACCAUUUCAUCAUAUUUCUUGUUACCAAAACCUUCUCUGAUUGAAUUGUUGGCUCUAUACCACAUUUCUCCCAGACCUCUCAACUGUGGUUAAUGCAUUUGGAAUCCUUGCUUAUCUGUACUGAAAUUCCCAGGACAUUUGCUUCUUUUUUUUUUUUUUUUUUUUUGUUUUCCUUCUGGAUCACAAUUAAGACAGAUACAACUUUAUAAUGCAAAGAAGCUCUAGAGAUAUGUGGGUCAAUCUACCAAGUUUUCUCAGAUUACUGAAUUGAAAGUCAAAGUUCUAAAAGUUGUUUCAACAUCAGAGAGAAGCACUAAGAUCUCAGGUUGAUGGCCUUUGAAAAUAUUCGACUUCCUCAUUAUGACUUUUGUUCCCUAAUUUUUAUGCAUAUUUUUGCUAUAAUACUAAAAUAUAGUGAAUCUAUCAUAUUACUAUAAUUGCUUCAAGGUAAAAUAACAUUUUUGAGUCUUCCAUUCAAUUACAAAUCAGAUAUACUAUUACAUAAUUCUAUUUCUGGUUGUAUCAUUAAGAUUACAAUUUUCUCAUUUAAAGAGAAUAUUUCUUUAAAUUAGAUCAAUUUUAAUUUAUGUUUUCGCCACUUUUUCCAUUAAACAAUACAUUCCCUUUAAGUAAAUCCAAGGUUUUGAACAAGGCAAAAGUUUUUGUUAGCUAAAUACAUUGUAUUUAUUUUAAUGAAGGACUUUAUGAAGAAAACAACUGAAAAGCAAUCUUCCCCAUUCAUCUCUCAAUACACAUUUCCCCAAUUUCCCCAGGCAGAAACUGGGGCUUCUCCCUGUCCCUUUCAACCUUCUUUCCCCAUCGUAAGCAAGACAUCAUAAGAAAUUAGUCACUAUCUAACAGCUGGUGACCUCUGACUUGAAUCUUACACUUUAUCACUCUAAGAACCCACAUGUUCUUAUAGAUUCAUAGAUGAUAGUCAUGAUUUUAUAUCCUAAAUAUAUAUUUUACAUUUUCCUAUAUUAUUUUUGGGAAUGUAGACUGAAUGUGACUAUGCCACAGUAUAGUUCCAUUAGAAAGGGAUAAUCCGUUAUUUUAUAAAUGAUGACUAUAUUUCGGUUAAUUUAAAUAUUACAUAUGAAAGAAUGAAAAUUAGAUUUUAGUCAAUAAUAAAUUUUGCCAGUCCAUCUCUAUUUAAAAGGAGGUUUACUUGCUAAGUGUUUAAACUUCAGGUUUUUCUUCUAUUUAAAAGAUACAAGCUUCUGCAAUACAUGGAUCAUACACAAAAGGGGAAUAGCAGCAAUUAAUUUGUUGUGACUAAAUAAAGCUUGAUUUAGCCAACCUACCCCACAUAUACAAGAUUAUGUUUAGCAUCAAUCAGAAGCUUCAAAGGCAAGAAAAUGGAACUAUUACAAACUUGUGAAUCACUAAACGAACCCAACUCCACAAACUUUUUUUUUCACUUGCAGAAAUCUGGACUGAGCAUUUAUUAAAUUCUUACUAUGUGCCAGGCACGAUGCUCAUGUUAGAAAUAAAAAUCUAUGCAAGACAGUUCUUUCCCUCAAAGCACUAACAUUCUCAUAACAACACAUUAAAUGGAGCGAGACAGAGGAGGGGGUACUUGUGCACAGUAUGCUUAUGAAGAAAUAUCUGGGAAUUGUGCAGUUGGUUCUGGAUAAAAUGAAGCAAAUUCUCUAUCUGAACUCAGAUCCUUAAAAAGCAGGGUUCCUUUGAAAAGGAAAAAAGAAUGAUAGCCAAAAGUGCAGGUAGCAUGGUAGGAGAUGGCUAGAAAAUGACUUAAAAGCACCCCCCAAAAGUGGUGUCCCAAGGGGCUUAUUUCCAAUCAGACAUUGAUUUUUUUUAUAUAAUUAUGAUUUUUGAGAGGAUUCUGAGAAGAUGGAAAGGGAGGUCAGAAAUUUCCUAAGUCUCCUAACCUCCCCCAAUAAACAAGAUAAAAUAGGGCUAAUACAGAUCGGGUAAAAUUAAACAAGAUUUGGAACAGAACAGGUGUCCUCCUGGGACAAGAGGAGAUAAUAGCAAGAAAGAUACUAGGGCAGGUUUGGCCUGGGUGAAACGUAAACAACUCUAGGCUAGUUCCACUGAAACAGCAAGUGGCAAGCCUGGCUGCUAGCCGGAUGGGGAGGCAGCCUGAGCCCUAGCCCCAGACCCAUCAAUUUUCAUCUUUCUGAUCACGUGGAGGGUAGAGCACCUGCACAAGGGAAGACUGAGCGAGCCUCUGCUGAGAAGGGAUGCUGGGCCCAGCUACGCUGCUGAGACUUGACCACAGAUGAGAAGGAAAGAGCACAUACCUGGUGAGUGCAAAAGCAGUGGGAUGGGGACACUGCUGGCUGCGGGCACUUACAGGAGAGCAGAAUUCUUGGUUUCAGUUCUGGGUCAAGAGAGAGAACUGAAGGAGAAUCUGAAGUCUGAGGCACCAUCCCCCACACACCAGACACUAACAAGUUCCCAUUUAAAAAAAAAAAAAAAAAAAAAAAA